CUUCUCGGCUUCUCUGAGCACCCAGAGCAGCAGGCUCUCCUGUUCAGGCUCUUUCUGGGCAUGUACCUUGUCACUGUGUUUGGGAACCUGCUCAUCAUCCUGGCCAUCGGCUCUGACACACAUCUGCAUACACCUAUGUACUUCUUUCUGGCCAACCUGUCCUUCAUUGAGACCUGCUUCACCUGCACCAUUGUCCCAAAGGUGCUAGUAAAUAUCCAGACACAGCAUUACACCAUCUCCUACACUGGUUGCUGCGUGCAGAUGUACUUCUUCAUUGCAUUGACCCUGCUAGAUGACUUCCUGCUGGCUGUGAUGGCAUAUGACCGCUACAUGGCCAUCUGUCUUCCUCUCCACUACACCAUGAUCAUGCGUCCGCAACGUUGCCUGCUGCUGGUGGCCACAUCCUGGCUUUGUUCCCACCUCCCGGCCUUCUCACUUACUCUGCUGAUGUCUUAAUUCUCCUUCUGUGCCUCCCAUUCCAUCCCACACUUUUUCUGUGAUGUACCCCCACUUCUAAAGCUUGUCUGCUCAGACACCCAUAUCUAUCAGAUCAUGAUGUUAACUGAAGCAGUUCUCUCAGGCCUGAUUCCUCUCACCUGUGUCCUGGUCUCUUAUGUCCAUAUCAUCCAUACCAUCAUCAGGAUCCCUUCUUCUAGGAGAAAGCACAAAGUCUUCUCUACCUGUGGCUCUAACUUCUCAGUGCUCAUGCUCUUCUAUGGGACCCUCUUCCUUGUGUAUUUCCAGCCCUCAUCCUCCUACUCAGCAGAUACUGGAAAGGUUGUAUCUGUGAUAUACACGAUGGUCACCCCCAUGCUGAACACCUUUAUCUACAGCCUGAGGAACAGGGAAAUGAAGGGAGCUGUGUGGAGACUCCUUGACUGGGGAAAAUGCUCUGGCCUGUAA